AUCGACCAUUGAUCCAUAUCAACCGCAAAGGCCGUCCCUUUGCAACGUGCUCCAUUUGCAACUGCACCCCUUGCGAAGCGCCCGAGGACCACGCCAAGCUCAAACGUGAGGCCGAAGCCAAAUGUCAAUCAUCAAAAGUAGAACGUUCACCAUCCGGCAAAAAAACCCCCCAACCCCCCUUUCACUUUCCAGCAUCUAGCAAAGUUGCAACCAUGGCACAAACAAAGAAUGCCAGAUAGAAACAUUCUAAACAUCACCGCAUGUUUCUAUUCUACACCCCACUCGUUUCUUGUCCAGAGACAGUCUUAGGCUGAUGUGUGGGUUUCUUGUGCGUCUUGCUCUUCGCUACAGAGAGCCGCUGGUAGAUCUCCUCGUUCCACUUCCGUGGGCUCCUUGAAGCCGAUCGCACCGCGUCCGGCGCCCUCGUCGAUGACUGGCGGAGGAGAUGUCGGACCCAGACGCGACGACUCCCACUCUCCUCCUGCUGUAGGAGGCUACGGCGAGUUUGUUGGUCGUGGUGGUGGUGGUCGUCUUCGGUCGACCCUCUCCUCGAGCCCACCUCCACCACCACAACCACCAAUACCGUCCUCGUCCUCAUCCCAGCUCUACCAGCAGGGCCACGAUUUCGUUACUGCAACGACCAGCCCCGCGGACAGCAGCAGCCCAAUGUACCACCUAAACAACAACAACAACAACACCACCACCACCACCACCUCUUACCCCUCCCCACCAUCCUUCUGUACGAUGGUCGACAUGCCCUCCUCCCUCAGCAUGAUCAACCCCCUUGAUUUUGGGAGUGGCGUGGUGUCCCCGUUCGCCGACAGCGCGGCGGCGGCUGCAGCCAUCUACGCCCUCGAAGAUCUGGAUGUCAAUGCCCUACCCGCGGACGUCUUCCAGGGUGACUGGUCGUGGUUAGCGGAUGAGGCGGCCCUGCGUGACGCGGUAUAACAUUUGCCGACGGGCCGGUUGGUUCCUACCUCCGGGCCUGUCACCCUGACUGUGCAGAUGUUAUGACUGACGAACGUGACGAUUGAUGAUGUCGAUAUGGAUAGGGAGUGCUUCUGGGGACUACAGAACCGGUUUCCUUCCGGGGGAGGGUUUCACUGAGUUGAUUGUUGUGAAUGGGUACUGGUGAGUGAGUGAAUCAGUGGGUGGUGGGGAAUCAGUCCUCUGCCUCUUGAUUGUGAUGUAAACGGGUGUGCAUACUUUCGGGUUGGUACGUACAUAUGGAUAGUACUAUGCUAUAUAUAUAUACGCAAUGCAAUACCACAUAGUAAAUAUCAAGGAGGUCUGCAUUCAAUUCCAA